AUGAGUUGGGUGGUUGAAACCGCUCUGUUCACCGCCGCGGAUAAAGGUCAGUUCGAUGUCGUCAAAGAGCUUCUCCCUUAUACCACCAGAGAGGCUCUUUCUUUCAAAAAUCGCUCUGGCUUUGAUGCCUUGCACAUUGCAGCAAACCAGGGUUACAAAGAUAUUGUGGAGUUGCUGCUAGACUUUGAUCCUGGGCUAAUCAAGACAGUUGCACAGUCAAAUGCAACUCCUCUUAUAUCUGCGGCUACAAGAGGGACCCGCAGCUUGCUCGAAGGACUGAUAAGAAAGGACAAACUCCGCUUCAUAUGGCUGUCAAAGGAAUGGGUUAACUGUGAAGUGGUGAAGUUGCUUCUUGCUGCUGACGCUGCAAGUGUCAUGCUUCCUGACAAGUUUGGCAACACCGCAUUGCAUGUAGCUACCAGGAAGAAGAGGGGUAGAGAUGAGAACAAAACAGCUCUUGAUUUUGCAGAAGCACUUCCAAUAUCUGAGGAAAUUUUGGAGAUAAAGGAUUCUCCUUAUUCGUUACGGUGCAGUGUUAAAGCCAAUGAUCUCAACCAGCCAAGGGACGAGUUACGGGGAAAACCAUGA